AUGGCUGACUACGGAUACUUUGUAAACCUUGACGACGAGACCGAGGUCGAGGACCUCGAGGAGAAUGCUGAAGAGAUGAUACACUACUAUCAGCGGCCAUUCUACUAUCCGAUCCGUAUUGGAAUGGUCCUAGCUCGGAGAUAUCGCAUAGAGCAUAAACUUGGCCACGGCGGCUUCUCUACCGUCUGGAUGGCCCAUGAUACCGUUCGAAAUCAAGACGUCGCCCUUAAGGUCCCUACUCUUACUAGUAACACGGUGGACAACGAAUUCGCUAUCCACAACGAAAUCCGCCACCGCGUCAAGGACAGCUCUAAACUUCUUCUUUCUCACGAUUCCUUCUCCGUUUCCUGCUCCGACCGUCGCCACACAGUCUUGGUGUUCCCCCUGCGAGGCCCCAGUCUCAAUUCCAGCUUCGCCAGCAUGUCAAUGGCUCGCCGAAUGUCUGCGGCGAAGCAGGUGCUACAAGCUUUGAAAUGCCUGCACGACGCCGACAUCGUCCAUCGAGAUCUAAACGACAAAAACAUCCUGUGCGGCAUCGUGCCCCUUGACGCGUAUGACACUAAGACGAAAUACCAGUACCUCGGCCGGCCUAAAAAGGACCUUCUAGCACCUCCGACAGGGGCUGCAGAACUCGUUAGGCCAGCAGUGUUCCCCGCCACUUUACUCAGCGGAUCAGUCUAUCUCGCUGAUUUUGGCAUAGCAAUAAGGGCGGGCACUUCGGUAAACUACAAGCCACAAUCACCUAGUGGCUGGUGUGCCCCAGAACGCCUUCACAACACAGACCCAAGUGCUGCCAGCGACAUGUGGAGCUAUAUGUGUAUCUUCGCAAAGCUCUAUCUUGGCCAUCUCCCUUGCUAUUACCACCAACCCGGCAGUAAUGGCGCUUCAUGGUACGAUCCGAGGACACAGCCUGAGAACACCCUUGAAGCAAUGAUUGCACGUUCCCGCCCUGACGUCACUUCGAACGAGGCUGCUCACGUACUGUCCUUUAUGCUAGAAGGAUUCCGUUAUGAUCCUCAAAAACGGAUAACGGCUGCACAGCUUUUGUCCAAUGCUUCAUUUCAAGCCGUUAUGGGACUUUACGGUGCCUAACGUUCUAUUCUUCGGCUUUUCCGUAUCUACGUUCCUCCUAAAUAGCAUAUUCAAUAUCCAAGAAGACAAUCUUUUAUUUUUAGGAAUUCGAAUGUUGGACACAUCCCUUCUGGUCAGUUCACGCCACCUGUCGGCAGCAUGUUCAAUCAUCUCCUGCGCGGCUAGCGAUUAGUCUAGUUAUCCGCAUAAGAUGAGGCUUCAAUGAGUCGGACGCGUGCCUGGACAUACAGCAAUAUGCGGUGGGAGCGGUGCAGCCAACC